CUAUAACCGUUUAAAUUUGCAUGAGGUUCUGGAUACGCAAUGUGAAACCAACUAUUGAAAGCAUUCAGAGAGAGAGCCAGAAAUGUUUUAGUCAUUUGCUCUCUGGGCCCCGAAAGAUGCUUCACUUCUGAAAACGGAAAAACUGUGUUUUAGACCUGAAUUGAUGGAUUCAGCAUUUCGGCAGAAGUUUCUGGGUUUUGUAUUUUGAGGAUGGGUGCCGCCUUCAGGAAGUUCUGUCUACGAUUCUGCUGUUGCUGCUGCUGUGAGGAUGACGAGGAGGAGGAAGAAAAGACACCUUUACUUAGUCACGACACGUUGGAAUAUUUCGAUCGCGAGGCGAAGAAAAGGCGGGACCAAGAGACCAAUCUGUGGAACGAGCCCGGAGACCCCUCCCACUCCGAGAGAGACGACGACCGCACGCUCUACAACCUGCUGCAGACCCGAGCCCAAACCCGGCGAGGCUCUCAGGGCUACCGGCGUUUGAGCAUCGACAUUGAGGCCAUGAGAGACAUGAGGAGAGAGGUGCGAGAUAAGUGGAAGAUGAUCCUGGAGAAUCUGGGGUUCAUGGCUGAAGCCGAGUCUCUGCUGACCGUGUCUGCCACCGCAUCAUAUGACCGCAUGAGAAACGCAGCGGUCGCCCGCAGCCUGCUGCAGACCCUCCACACCGAGACAUCCAUAUUCAACCGCAAAGAGGCUCCACCCGAGAGAUACCUCUUCAUCCUGGACCGGCUGAUUUAUCUGGACGCUGCUGAGGAUUUUGUGGCCAAGGCUCGUCGCUUCUACCCUCCUAAAGAUGAUGAUGAUGAAGAAGAGGAAAACACCAUUCAAAUAAAUCUUCCUCUGCUGCUGUCCCGCAUGAAUCAGAACAUCUCUGGAGGAGAGGAAGAGGAUGAUGAGGGAGAGACCACCGGUCCAGAGGAGUGAUGUUUCCAGAAUCAGUUUGAGGGGUUUCUGAGGUACACGGAUUUGGACUGAUGCCAGCACGGUUCAAGGUGGAUAGGGACGGUGGAGAUUAAAUGGCACAGAUUUAAACCAUUUCUUAGUCAAAUGCUUUUCUUGAAGAAGAGACCAUUUACAGAUUCAUUACAAUAGCUGCAGAACUGACAUUUUCUGAAUUAGAAGAUCAGUAGGAGAUUCUGGAUUACUGAGACGUGCUGAUAUUGUAAGUGUAAGAUGGUGAAGUGAAUUUGAAUAGAAAUGUAACUUUCUUUUGAAAUUUGUGUCAGCGUUUACAUUGAAUGCAGAUGCAUCAAACUGCUGAAACUAGUAAUUUAAUAAAAUCCUUUAUCAGCUCUCA